CUUAACCAAAGCAAUUUGUUUUGUUUACUAUUUCUUGAAUUUAUUUUUAAUAGCAAUUUACCUGUUACUUUGAUAAUUAAAAUGGGAAAGAAAAAGAAUAAAAACAAAGUUAGCGGUGCUGUAAAAACCGCAGCUAAGACCGAAAAGAAAUUAGCUAAUAAACUUAAAAAGGAGCUGGCAAAUUUGGGAGAGGAAGAUAUCGCAAAAGUGAUAGCAGAGAUUGAGAAAGAGGAAGCGAGACGGGCUGCUGCCACUGAGAAGACUCUACCAGGGCCGCCAUCUGCAAGAGCAUACGCAUCUCUCACUCCUCACCCAACCAAUAAUGAGCUUAUUAUGUUUGGAGGGGAAUACCAUAAUGGGCAAAAGACUGAAGUUUAUAACGAGUUACUAUUUUAUAAUCCUGUAAAUAACACAUGGAAGAAAGUGAAAGCGCCUGGGGCUCCUCCGCCGCGCAGUGCACAUCAGGCGGUCGCCACGCCCGCCAAUAAAGGUGAGCUGUGGGUUUUUGGUGGAGAGUUCACAAGUCCAUCAGAGACACAGUUCUAUCAUUACAAGGAUCUGUGGUGCUUUUCUCUUGCUGAUAAAAAAUGGGAAAAGGUGUCAGCUCCGCACGGUCCGUCGGCGCGGUCCGGGCACCGCAUGGCGCCGGUGGGGCGGCGGCUGGUGGUGUUCGGCGGGUACGCGGACGACGGCCGCGAGGCGCGCUACUUCGACGACCUGCACUGCUUCUGCCUCGACUCCAGGACCUGGACCAAGUUACAGCCGGCGGGCCGCGGGCCUAGCGCGCGCUCCGCCUGCAUCAUGCUGCCCGUCGGUGCGGAUGGGUUAAUAGUAUACGGCGGGUUCUCUCGCGUCCGCGAGGGCCGCACGGAGCGUACGCACACGCACACGGACAUGUUCCGGCUGGCGGCGCGUCCGGGGCCCGGGGGGCCCGGGGGGCCCGGGGGCCACGUGGGCGUCACGUGGCGCAGCACGGGCAGCGGGGCCGCGCCGGGCCCGCGCGCCGGCCAGGCCGCCGCCGUCAACACGCACAGCGGCCGCGCGUACGUGUUCGGCGGCGUCACGGAUGUAGAAGAAACGGAGGAGGAGCUCAAAGGGGAGAUGAGCGAUGAACUACUCAUGAUAGACUUGGAGACGGCCAAGUGGCACAAUGUAACUCUACGCACUGAGCAACAGAGUUCACAAUCGCCUGCACAGCCAGAAAAAGUUGUUUCUGAAGACAAGCAAGAAGAAGAAGUCACUGUUGUGACGGACGAGGUGUUCACAAUGAAGUUAGGAGGCACAGCAUUGCCGACGUCGACUACACCGUCUCCCAGUGCGGACGGGGUCGUGUGCGGACGGCGCGGGGGCCCGUCGGCGCGCAUGUCCGCCAUGAUGUGCGUGCAGCGCUCCACGCUCUACUUAUAUGGAGGCGUGUUAGAACGAGACGAGAAACAGUUCUACCUCAGCGAUAUGUACAGCUUAGAUCUGCACAAACUGAAUGAGUGGAAAACCAUAAUAGCGCAGCCGCCGUUGCCUGACUGGCUCGGGUCAGACUCAGAGACGGGCGACACUGGCUCCGACUCCAGCUCUGACGACUCAGAAGAUUCUGAUGACGAUUAACCUUCGGCUAAUGUAAUUCUAUUGAUGGCCUCGCAUGGUGCAAACAUUUGUAUUCUUGUUUAAUUCUUUUUAUGAAUCGUAAGAGAGAACUGGAACCUAAA